AUGGGUGUCACUCUCCAAUACGCUGUUGGAGGUACGUUCGCCACCACUGCAGUGGUCAUUUGUAUCACCUACGUUGCCAUCUUCAACGUCAUCAAUGACAUCAACGACUUCCAAAAUGAAAUCGAAAAAGAUCUGGAUCAGUUUAAGAACUUCGCCGACGAUGCUUGGAAGACAAUAAUGGCUGCACAACCACCAAGACAGAAGCGAGCCUCACAAGCCUCACAAUCAAAGAAAAGAGCUGCGUACUCAGAAGGUGCAGGUGCAGUUGGUGCUGGCGGAGGAAGCUGGGGAGGAAGCACUGGCAGCGGAGGAACUUGGGGCGGGAGCAGCGGUGGCAGUAGCGGAUGGAGCGGAGUAAGCGGUGGCGGCGGCGGCGGCGAUGGAUGUCAGUGUGCUGCUCAGGCUACUGGAUGCCCACGUGGACCUCCAGGACCACCUGGACUGCCUGGACACCCUGGAGAAGAUGGCAUGCCAGGAAUGCCCGGAGGAGCAGGACAAAGUGGACAUGCAGCGGCUAUGGGGCAUGCCAUGGGAUGCAUCAGCUGCCCAGCCGGCCCACCGGGUCCACCUGGCCCAGAUGGUGCUCCGGGACCAGCUGGACCAAGUGGUAAUCCGGGAAUGGCCGGAAAUGGAGGAGGAGGAGGUGCCCCUGGACCAGCUGGAGCUCCUGGCGCACCCGGAGCAAAUGGAAAUCCUGGAGCCCCUGGUAUGGAUGGAGCGCCUGGAGCGCCAGGAACUCGUUCAAUGAGCAUGCCCGGUCCUAUGGGUCCACCUGGACCACCAGGAGCACCCGGCAUGCCAGGUAUGGACGGUGAUCACACAGGCGGUGGAGCACCCGGACCUGCAGGAGCACCGGGACCGGCAGGACAACCUGGAGCACCAGGAGCUCCUGGAGGUGUGGGACAAGCUGGAAUAAAUGGUGCACCGGGAGGUGAUGGAGCAUACUGUCCAUGUCCCGCAAGAACCGGUUCUGGCUUUGGCGGAGUUGGGGCAGGUGGAGGCAGCGGAUUUAGUGUAGCCACUCAAAUAAGCAGCUCUGGUGGAGGCGGAAACGGCGGAUUUGGCGGAGCCUCUCAAUUUGGCUCUGGUGGAGGCGGAAGCAGUGGAUUUGGUGGAGCCUCUCAGUUCAGCGGACCUGUCGGUGGUGGUGGCGGCAUGCACCAUCCCCCCACCUUUGUCGUACAAGAAACGACCAUACGACGACCAUACAAGAAACGCGUGUAA